UUGGCAAAACGCAACCAACCACAUAAUAUCGAGCUCCACUCCGGAUAGAUCAGACAGGAUGCACUGAGGUGAGUUGACUCCACCCGACUCGACUAUUACGAGUUACGAUGGAAAGAAUAAUGCAGAUACCAUACGAAGCCACGGUCCGAGUGAUGCUAGCUUCACUGGAGCGCAGUCUGCUACCAGAUGCUGUUAUAAGAAGGCUUACUCGCUUGCUCUUAGCAAGCCGUCUCCGAUCCUGUUGCAAGCCCUCCGCUGAACUCCAACUUUCACAUCUCCUCGAGUUCGUCCGCUCUUUGAGAGAGAUGCCUAUAGCAAUCAAGACUGAUAAACCUAAAUCCCAACACUACGAAUUGCCAACCUCUUUCUUCAAGCUCGUUCUCGGAGAAAAUCUCAAAUACAGCUGCUGUUACUUCGGGGACAAAUGUAGAAGCCUUGAGGAUGCUGAGAAAGCAAUGUUGGAGAUGUACUGCCAGAGAUCACAGUUGAAGGAUGGUCACACUGUCCUGGAUGUUGGCUGUGGAUGGGGCUCACUCUCUCUUUACAUUGCCCAAAACCACCGAAAUUGCAAGAUUACCGGGAUUUGCAAUUCCACCACACAGAAAGCUUUUAUAGAUGAACAAUGCAGGAAUCUUCAGCUGCAAAAUGUGGAGAUAAUUGUGGCAGACAUUAGCACAUUCGAGAUGGAGGGAUCUUAUGACAGAAUAUACUCUAUUGAAAUGUUUGAGCAUAUGAAGAACUAUGGGGAGCUUCUGAAGAAGAUAUCCAAGUGGAUGAAAGAGGAUGGCCUCCUCUUUGUUCAUUACUUCUGCCAUAAGGCCUUUGCCUACCACUUCGAGGAAAUAAAUGAAGAUGAUUGGAUCACUAGAUACUUCUUCACUGGAGGUACAAUGCCCGCAGCGAAUCUCCUUCUUUAUUUCCAGGAUCAUGUUUCAGUUAUUGAUCAUUGGCUUGUGAAUGGGAAACAUUAUGCACGGACAAGUGAAGAGUGGCUGAGAAGAAUGGAUGAGAAAAUGGGUUCCAUAAAGCCAAUAAUGGAGUCGACAUAUGGGAAAGAUGAGGCGUUGAAGUGGACUGUUUAUUGGAGAACAUUUUUCAUUGCUGUUGCUGAGCUUUUUGGCUACAACAAUGGAGAAGAAUGGAUGGUCGCACAUUUCUUAUUCAGAAACAAAUAAAUUAAUUAAAUAAUUCUACAGUGCCCCAUUAUUUCAAUAAACUAAUAAACCACGGCAUCUCCAGGGUAUUGGUUCAUGCGACCAAGACACAAAUGUAUUUUUUACUCUCUAAUUAAUUAUUUCUAUUUUAAUCUUUUUGCA